AUGGCCCAGAUGCCCCACAAGUCCAGCAGCACCCCAAGGCCGCGGGAUCCCAGGCGGGGAGAGGGGGCUCCCAGCCCCGUGCCCCCGGGCCCCGCGAGGGUGGGCGAGGCCCAGGCAGGGGGGGACGCCAUUCUGCGCCGUCUCCUGAGGCUGCACCGCACGGAGAUCGCCGUGGCAGUGGACAGCGCCUUCCCGCUGCUGCACGCACUGGCCGACCACGACGUGGUGCCCGAGGACAAGUUCCAGGAGACUCUGCGUCUGAAGGAGAAGGAAGGCUGCCCGCAGGCCUUCCACGCCCUCCUCUCGUGGCUCCUGACCCAAGACACAGCUGCCAUCCUGGGCUUCUGGAAAGUUCUCUUUAAGGACUACAACCUGGAGAGAUACGCCCGGCUGCAGCCCAUCCUAGACAGCUUCCCCAAAGAUGUGGACCUCAGCCAGCCCCGGAAGGGGAGGAAGCCCCCACCGGGCCCCAAGGCCCCAGUGCCACUGCCCAGACCACCCACCAAGAGGAAGGCCCUGGAGGAGCCGAGGGCCACCCCGCCGGCGGCACUGUCUCCACGGGGCACCUCCAGCCCAGGAAUUCAGACCAUGUCCACUUCGGUCCAGAGAGCAGUGACGGUGUCGUCUGGGGACGUCCCAGGAGCCUGUGGGGCAGUGGAGGGGAUUCUCAUCCAGCAGGUGUUUGAGUCAGGUGGCUCCAAGAAGUGCCUCCAGGUUGGGGGGGAGUUUUAUACUCCCAGCAAGUUCGAAGACCCCAGUGGGGGGAAGAACAAGACCCGGAGCAGCAGCCUGAAGACCCUGGUCCGAGCCAAGGGGACCCAGGCUUCCGCCCCUGGUGCAGGUGAGCUGAGAACAGGCCAACAGGGCAGGGUGCAGGCCCCUCCUGCCCUCCCCAGCGAGCCCCAGCUGCACCAGAAGAACGAGGAUGAGUGUGCCGUAUGCCGGGAUGGUGGGGAGCUCAUCUGCUGCGACGGCUGCCCCCGGGCCUUCCACCUGGCCUGCCUGUCGCCGCCGCUCCGCGACAUUCCCAGCGGGACCUGGAGGUGCUCCAGCUGCCUCCAGGGAAGAGCCCAGCGGGACCUGCCCCGGGCUGAGGAGCCCCGGCCCCAGGAGCCGCCUGUGGAGACCUCGGUCCUUCCGGGACUGAGGUUGGCAGGAGAAGAGGCGAAGGGACUGUCCAAGGAGCCCCCAGCUGGGAUAGAUGCUGCUGUCCCCUACAAGCACCUGCUGGCCCCACCUUCGGCAGCCCCCUUGCCAGUGCUGGACCCCUCAGCCCUGCGCCCGCUACUGUGUGUGGGCCCUGAGGGGCAGCAGGGCCCGGCGGCCGCGCGGUGCGGCGUGUGCGGGGACGGCACGGACGCGCUGCGGUGCGCGCACUGCGCCGCCGCCUUCCACUGGCGCUGCCACUUUCCCGGGGGCGCCGCCCGGCCAGGGGCGGUCCCGCGCUGCCGAUCCUGCUCCGGAGAUGCCGUCCCGGCCCCCGAGGAGGGGGCCCCCGCCCCGAACCCUGCCCGCGCUGCGCCGGGGCCUGCCAAGGCAGGAGACAGUUCUGCUGGUCACGAGCCGGUUCUGCACAGGGAUGACCUGGAGUCCCUGCUAAGCGAGCACUCCUUUGACGGCAUCCUGCAGUGGGCCAUCCAGAGCAUGUCCCGCCCGCUGGCCGAGGCGCCCACCUUCCCCUCCUGA